AUGGGCCCUCCUCCUCUGUCCCGACCUCGAGGAGACUCAUCAACUCUCCCACCUCGACCCGACUCAAGCCACAGCGACGCCCACACAGAAACAACUGAACGACCAACUACUCCCUCUACGCCCGCUAUUGGAGAUAGAGAAAGUAUCCGUGCUGAAGGUAGUCCAAGCAGAGUGUUCCGACCCAGUCAUUCGCGAUCUGCGAGUUCCGUGACAGCUGAUGGUAGUGACGCACAAUCGAGCCCGUUCGUCUCUAAAACAAUGGAUCCCCGUCGCUGGAGUCCAAGCAAGGCGACUUGGUUGGAAAGUGCCCUCAACCGACCAGAACUCCCCCGUCAGCCCGCCAGGCCCCCAUCGCAACAGCCCAACUGGGCCAGAGAUCGCCAGUCUCGUGGGAGUGUUGAUAUGGGGCGCGUGAACAGUUUCAAAGAAGUCACUCCCGUUGGCUUGAUGCGCACCCCUCCACCAGGUCUUCUCAAGAAAUCAGGCGUUUCGGGCCCUUCGCUUCCAUCAAGCCCCGAUAAGGAGAAUCCUCCAGAGUCUCCCAUAGGCUUCCCCCUCAAAAAGACAAGUGUCUCUGGUGCUUCUGUCUCUGGAAGCCCUGACGGUAAGCUCAAAGAGGCACUUCCUGGCUCUCCGUUGGCAUCUCCUCUGAAGGGGCCUAGCAUCCCCGAUCAGUCUUUCCCCGAAAGCCUCGAGGGUAAAUCUACAGAAGCUAUUCCUGAGUCCCCAGCAGAAUUCCCCUUCCGGAAACCUAGCUUGUCGGCGGCAUCGCUCUCCGGAAGCCCUACGGUUAACGCCGCAGAGAUGACACCUGCUUCUCCGUCAGGAAGUUAUUUCAAAAAAUCUGUCUCGGGUACCUCGGAAAUUGCAAGCCCAGACGGUACUUCCAAAGAGAAUGUCCCGGAGUCUUCGCUAGCUCUCGACACUUCUACUCCCAACCCCACACAAGAUGCACCCCCCUCUGAAUCCCACAUUGAGGAUACCCUGAAGGCCCUGUCGGGCGGGGAAUCGAUGGAAGAACCCAGCGGUGCUCCUCAUGAUGAUGCCGAAAUCAAAUCACCUGGUUCACUAGAUCCGCAGACUCCCGUCGGGGCUGAACGUACACCCGAGCCUGAAGCCACACCAACUCCCAGAGACCCUCCUAAGUCUUUGGUCAGUCCUAAGCCCAACUUCUCUAUCAAUACCUCCUCGCGGGGCCCAAUCUCGCCCAAGCCCAAGCCAGCACAAUCACCAGUCAUUGACUUCCGUGCCAACCUGAAGAAACGCGAGGUUGUGAAAGAGGCCGAGAAAGAGAAAGAGACUGAUUUCCGAGCGAACCUCAGGAAGCGCGAGGUCGUUAAGGAUACCGAGCAGGAGAAGGAGCCCGACUUCCGAGCAAACUUAAGGAAGCGUGAGGUCGUUAAAGAUAAUGAACAGGAGAAGGAGCCAGAGUUCAAGAAUGUAUUCGGGCGACUUAAAAAAACGGAGACUCGCAACUAUGUUGCCCCCGAUGAACUCAAGGGAAAUAUCCUACGGGGGAAAGCUGCUCUCAAUGAAACCGGCGGACCGAAGAAGACUGAGCGCGUUGACGAGUUCAGGAGAAGUCUCGUCAUGCGGAAAGACGAGAUGAAGGCAGGUGGAGGCUCUAUCAGACGCAACACUGCCGGGGAGAAGGAUGCGCCGAAGCCCGCUGAAGCCGUACCGGAGGCAAUCACGAAGCGUCAGAGCAUGGCCAGGGCCAACAGCAUCAAGCAAAACAUUGUGGAUGAGCCUAUCUCGCCCUCCAAGAGCGUUGGCUCGCGGGCAUCCCAGGACAGGAAGCCAUUCUCCCCGACUUCAUCUUUCAAGGACAUGGGUUCUUCCCGAACCUCACAAGAACAGGAACCCUUGUCGCCCUUCCCUGCCGAUGAUGGGUUGGACGGACCAGGCUGGCCUCUGAAACCUGAUGUUCCUGCUUCGGCUUCAGCCAAAGAUCAGCAACCGGCCUCUCCAUCACCUGCCACCGAUCUCGUUGAUGAAAAGUCAGAGACAGCGCACGCGAUCAGCAACAACCAGGAUGUCCCUGAGCUGGACUCGGCUCGCCAAGAAGAAUCCAGUGAAGUCAUCGAGCCCGCUGAGCCCGUCGUGGAGAAGGAUCAGUCCCCUGUGGUCGCGAAACCAAGCUCGCUCCAUAGGCUUUCACAGACACCCGUCGCAGAAGCCCCCGUAAGCCCAGUUCAAGCCGCGAAAAGCAAAUUGGCCGGCCGAAUCAACCCUGCCCUCGCAGGUCUCCUUUCUCGUGGCCCGCCUGCCCCUGAAGGACCGAAGAAGGACCUAUCGACCACCUCUACGCAAAGCAGCCCAGUCCCAUCUGCGCCCCUCGAACACGCAACCAAGAGCCGGGCUAGAGGCCCCAAGAGACGUCCUCCCCAGGCUGCGGCUUCGACUCCGCCCGCUCAGGAUUCUAAUAAGCAGGUUGGUGCUAUCUCCUGCUCUGAUGCCGUUCCAUCACAGACUUCUCCAUUCCCUGUUGAGUCUUUUGACGACGAUUCGAACCGUCUCUCGCAAAAUGAUGAUUCUGUUCCUGACACCGAGAUCCCUCGUCCAGAGAGCCCUGUAGCCGAGCACUUGCCCAUCGAAGAUCCUCCUGCUGUGCAACUCCCUGCUGAGCAGCUUCCCGUCGAGCAACCUUCCUUCGAACAGUCCUCCUCCGCCGAAGAGACCCAUGCCGAACAGCUUCCUACCGAGUCAUGCCCUGUUGAACAACCCCGCGAUGAGCGACCUUCCUCCGAAACUCUACACGCCGAAGAGCCUAUCGUCGAGAAAUCUCCUGUCGAGGAACCUUCUUCCCCUGAGUUACUCCCUAGUGCCAAAUUUGUUGAUGAGCGUCCCUUGUCUGAAGAAUUCCAUGCUGAAGAGCCUAUGCCCGAGCGACUAUCUUUCGGUCUACCUUCUUCUCCGGAGCUGCUUCGUACUGAUAAGUUCAUCGAUGAGCGCCCUCUCUCUGAAGAAGUCCAUGCCAAAGAGCCUAUCGCUGAGCGGCUAUCUUUCGAUAUACCCUCUUCUCCGGAGUUACUGCGUAAUGAGAAAUUCGUCGAUGAGCGCCCUCUCUCUGAAGAAUUCCCUGGUGAAGAGCGCAUCGCCCAGCGACUAUCUAACGGUGCACCUUCUUCUCCUGAGCUACUCCGUAGUGAGAGUUUCCUAGAUGAGCGGCCUUCAUCGGAGGAAUUCCACGUUGAGCAGCCUGUCACUGAGAAAAUCUCUGUCGAAAAGCAGCCAUCUACGCAGGCUGUCCCCGGUGAGAAAUCUAUUGACGAGCCUCCUUCGGCCGAGGCCUCCGACGCCGAAGAGUCUAUCGCAAUCGCUAAGCCAGCUCCUUUCGGAGACUUUUCUUUCGAUCUACCUCCAAGCGAUAAUCUCGUUGCUGAGCGACAUGCAUCCGAGCAAUUCCAUGCCGAAGAGACUGUUGCCGACCAACCCGCGGUCACAGAAACUUCUCCCGAGGUAACCCACGAGAAGUCCCACGAUGAAAGACCUUCGUCCGAAGCCUUCAGUGUUGAAGAUUCCCUCGCCGAGAAAAUCCAUAAUGAGGAGUCCCUUGAUGAGCGGCUUCCUGCUCAUGCAGACUUGCAUGCCGAAAAUCCUGUUGUUAUCCCAUCCCUUGUUGGGCAACUUUCCUCUGACGAGCUUUCUAUCGAGGAGCCAACUGUUGUACAGCCUUCUAUCGAACGGCUUUCUGUUGAGGAGUCUUCUGUUAAUGGUCUCGGUGCUGAAAAGCAGCCUCUCGACAUGGCUUCUGCCGAACAACUCCAUAUUGAGGAGCCGUCUGUUGAGCAGCCGGCAAUUGAGCAACUCCCUUCUGAGCAACCCUUGAAGGAGCGGUCCUCCGUUGACAGCCUACGUGCUGGAGAGUCCAUUGCUGAGCAACUCCCCGUUGAGCAAUUCUUAAAGAAGCAGUCCUCCGUUGAGAGCCUGAUCGUUAAGGAGCCCAUCGUUGAGCAACUCCCUGUCAAAGAGUCUUCUGUCGAGCCACUUGAAACACAAAAGACCAUCGAACAACCUUCGAUUGAGCAACACACAGAAGAGGAUGUGGCGCCCCCAGUUCCUCUCAAAAGUGACCCUCCACGCAGAUAUCCGUCGCCGCUUGAGCCCCGAUCCCUGACAACGGAUUUCAACACAUUCCCUUCUCAUGCAGCUGAGGCUACACCGCGCGGGCCUGUGAGCCCCGGGGAACCAAGUCCAUCAAGCGGGCCACCUGUUCCUUCGAAGUCCAACUCUCCCUCAUCAUUGUCACCCUCUACACCUAAGUCAAGAUGGAUGCAGCAGAACCGAUAUGCGUCACCUUCUCCAUCACCCUUGAGGACAAACUACAAUGAGAAUCGAAGGGAUUCUGCCGCUACUCAGCAUAGUAGUACAUCCGGUAUCACCGUUGGUUCAUCUCGGGAAGCUCUUGGCCAACCUGUCAACCAUGCCUCUCCGCCUGUCCCCCCUAAGGACGAGGAAGCUACGCCCCCAAAGCCAGUUGACCCCCGCAGACUUUCCCGGAAAAUGUCUGCUCCGUCAUUGGUUGCCCAGGCCAGCGAGGCUAGAGAGGUCAUUUCGGGCUUCUUCAAGACGUUCCCUAAUCCUCAGAACCGGAUGGACAUCGAUCCCCAGGUGUCACUAAUGAGCAAGCCGGACAACACCAAAAUUCGGACGGUCAAGCGUCAUAUCUGGGAACUCACGGGCGACGGUAGACGGCAAGAACUCCCUUCUCACCAGGAGUACAUUCUCUACCAAGGAAGCAUGUAUAUUUGCGUGCACAUUUUCGAGAUUGGACGAAGCACAACUUCAGAGGUAUACCUGUGGCGUGGAGACGAUGUCCCUGAUACCGCGGUCGACAGCGAGCAAGCCUUUGCGCGCAAGGUCGCCCGCGAAAACAGCUCAAAGCUGCAAGUCAUCCGCCAGGGCAAGGAGCCGACGCGAUUCAUUCAAGCGCUUGGUGGCAUCAUGAUCACCCGUCGCGGAUCCAGCUCCCGUCACAACUCAUCGGCUCUUUACAUGCUUUGUGGUCGUAAGCACUUGGGUCAAAUGACCUUCGACGAGGUGGACUACUCUCUGCGCAACCUGUGCUCCGGUUUCCCCUAUGUUGUCUCAGCUCCCUUUGGCAAGCUUUACCUAUGGAAGGGCAAAGGCAGUGGACCCGAAGAGACCGGUGCUGCCCGACUCAUCGGCAUGGACUUGGGUCUGACGGGCGAGUUUGAAGAAGUCGCCGAAGGAGAAGAACCCGAAGACUUCUUCGAUGUGUUCGCAGGCCCCCGAGAAGCGGCACCGCACAUGUGUCAGGACUACUGGCGCCUUAAGCCUAAAUACAGUCACUUCCGCACUCGGCUGCUCCGUGUCGACCACGAGCUCGGCCAACCUACUCGGUUCUGGAACCUGCGCCGCCCUGGCUCUGGCUCGCCGGUUGUGAGGCCCAAUGAUUGCGUGCAGGAGAUUGAGCCAUUCUGCUACCGUGACCUUGGCGAAAAGGACGUCUACAUUUUGGACACCUUCUUUGAGAUUUAUGUUAUCGUCGGCGAACAAGCCAUUCAGAAGUCGGCCGAUUUCGCCUCAGCCGUUGUCUUUGCGCACGAAUACGGCAUUCUCGCCACUUCUCUUCAGGAUCGCCCGUUCAUCCCUAAGAGUUAUGUUGCACUCGGCGGCGUUGCUGAUCGGUGCCAGAGCGCGUUCCGCAAAUGGAACCCGCGUAACCACCACGCGCCAUUCGUGUUCCCUCUCGAUGUGGUGAUUGAGUCGCUUCGCUCGCUCGGGGAUAACGAGUGA